AUGGUGGCGUGGAUACGGCUGUGGAGGACGAGGAAGGCAGCGAAACAGAAGACUGAAACAGUCAACAACUCUCAGUCACGUACGUCCUUCCUUCUCUGGCGACGCUUGACUCACUGCGAUAUCGGCGCCUUGCAUGUUGCCGGCCCUCGUGCAACUCUCACCAUCUCAUGUUAUGCCACGUUUCUCGAAGGCAGUGUCCUUUCCCUGUGCUUCGGCUUUCGCUCGGCUGCCACUGCAGCGACACACCGACUGGCCUCUUCAUGCCUCCAUAGAGUGCCACUCGCUCAUUUGACCAGCGCACUCGCAAACGAAAAGGCUUCCGUUUGCUGGAGUGUCGCGAUGUUGCACAAGGACGCCGAGCACAGGCUCACGGAAGGUGACUGUCUCACCGCCUCGCAGCAGUACGAUCCUCAACUCAUCUUUCACGUGCCCUUACGGCGCAAAGGGUAUCAGGCGAUCGACACCAGGGCCUUUGUCCGCUGCGGCGGGUUGCGCGUACUAGACAUAUCUGGAAACCAGCUCAGGACGUUGUCAGGGAUGGAAAGUGCCGCGCCUCAGCUCACGUUCCUCAACGCAUCCGAGAACAGCCUUCAAGACAUUAGCGCCCUCGUCACAUGCGCGGCGCUGGAGCGGUGCAUGCUGGAGGGCAACAAGCUUGCCUCGGUCGACUCCCUUCAACCUCUCGUGUCGCUCCCCUGCCUCGCUGAUCUGGUGUUGCAGCGACGCGUGCCUUUGGACAACGUUGACGUAGGCCUGGGGAGUCCUCAGCAGAGCUCUGACAGGCUGCUAUUGCUGGACAACCCAGUUUGCCGCGAUGCUGUGGCGUAUAGAGAGCAGUUCCUCCCUAGGGUGUCCCAUGUGCGUUGGGUAGACGGUAUGUCGACCUAUCUACGCGCGAGCUCCCUUGCUGAGAGCACGACUACAGAGUCGAACGACGCCAUGGCAAACUCCACCCAGGCAAUUGUGGGCGCCGCCAUCGGAUCCUUUCAGUCUAUCCGCGUGCAGAUGACAACCACUAUGGAGGAGGAAACGGCACUACAACGGCAACUCGAGCGCGCUGCAGAUCGAUGUAAACCAAGUACGAUGGCCACCGAAGAACGCAUGCCAUAG